AUGUACACCAACGCUCUCGCCGUGCUCGCUCUGCUGGCCUCCAGCGUCGUCGCGCAGGGCACCGCCGGUCUGCCUUCGUGUGCCACCAGCUGCAUCUCCAACUACGGCGGUUGCAACCAGGUCGAUGUCAAGUGCAUCUGCUCCAACACCCAGCUGCUCGAGACCCUGUCGUGCUGCGUGAGCCAGAAGUGCUCCUCCGACGACCAGAAGAGUACGCGACGUUACACGCCCAUUUACCUGACUCCCAUGGCUAAUAAUGCGACACACAGAGGUCGUCCAAUUCGCAGAUACCCUUUGCGGGAGCUACGGUGUCACCACCCUCCCACAGGCCGCCUCGUGCGCCGCUGCCACCUCGACCGCCUCCUCCGGCUCCGGAACCGCGACCAGCCCAAGCACCGCCUCUGCGACUGCGACUGGAACUGCAUCUUCCUCCGCCGCCUCGAGCGCCGCAUCCGCAUCCGCUUCUCACACCGGCACUGCCUCUGCAUCCGCAAGCAGCGCAAGCAGCGCAAGCGCAUCCGCUUCCUCUGCGACUCAAUCCGCUGGUGUCUGCAAGAACUACAAAGCCGAGGGUCUUGGUAUGGGAGUGGCUCUCCUCGGUUUCUUGGCUGCGUUGUAG